CCAUCAAACAGACAUUCCCCCCGAGGGAGAGGAAAGUGCCAAGAAGAUGAUGAACGCUCCACCUCCAUGUUAUAUACAUCCCCUCCUCCAUCCCUAACCCUCCCCACCAUUGACUUCUCCUCCUCUUUCAGUCCUCCCUUCUGCUUCCUUAGCCCCUCCCAUUACGGUAGAGACAACGAUGAUCCGAAGCAACAUCCUUGGCGGCUCCAAGGGCAUGGCCGUGAAAGGCACGGUGGUGUUGAUGAGGAAGAACACCCUCGACUUCACCGACUUCACCGCCUCCCUCCUCGACGGCGUGCAGGAGCUCCUCGGCCAGCGCGUCUCCCUCCAGCUCGUCAGCGCCACCGUCGGCGACCCAAAGCAUGGCAACAGGGGGGUCGUCGGAGACCCGGCCUACCUGGACGGCUUCGUCAGCAAGCUUCCGUCCAUCGCCGCCGGGGAGUCCACCUUCGACGUCACGUUCCACUGGCAGGAGAAGAACGGCGUCCCUGGCGCAGUCAUCGUCAAGAACAGGCACGCGUCGCAGUUCUACCUCAAGAGCAUCACCUUGAAGGACUUCCCUGGGAAGGGCCGGAUUCACUUCGUCUGCAACUCCUGGGUCUACUCCGCGGACAAGUACAAGUAUGACCGGGUCUUCUUUGCCAAUACUGCUUACCUCCCCGGGGAGACGCCGGCCCCACUGAAGCCAUACAGAGAAGACGAGCUCCUGAACCUGAGAGGCGAGGAUGUCACCGGGCAGCUUCAAGAAUGGGACCGCAUCUACGACUACGCGUACUACAACGAUCUCGGCAACCCCGACAGUGACGCAGCUCUCGCUCGGCCGGUUCUCGGUGGCUCGUCGGAGUAUCCGUAUCCCCGCCGUGGCAGGACCGGCCGGCCACCCACAAAGACUGAUCCCAACUCCGAGAGCAGACUGCCACUGAUCAGCCUCGACAUCUAUGUCCCUCGGGACGAGCGGUUCGGACACCUCAAGAUGGCCGACUUCCUCACCUACGCCCUCAAAGCUCUAGUUCAGGCGGUGGUUCCAGUUCUGGAAGCCAUAGCCGAUGAAACCCCCAACGAAUUCGACUCGUUCGAAGAUAUUCUGAAGCUGUACGAGGGUGGGCUACCAGUGGCGAAAGUUCCCCUGCUUGAUGAGCUCAGAGACCGGAUUCCUUUCGAGAUGAUCAGGGAGCUCUUCCGCACCGAAGGCAACCAGCGUUUGCUGAAGUUACCAAUCCCCCAAAUCAUCGAAGUCAACAAGUACGCUUGGAGAACGGACGAGGAGUUUGCUCGGGAGAUGCUGGCUGGCGUCAACCCUGUGAUCAUUAGAAGGCUGGAAGUGUUCCCCCCAGUUAGCAAGCUUGAUCCCAGCAAGUAUGGCAACCAGAACAGCAGAAUCACAGCAGCCCACAUCGAGCACAACCUCGAAGGACUGACAGUCGAUCAGGCGCUGGGUGGCAACAGGCUGUUCAUCUUGGAUCACCACGAUGCUCUGAUGCCGUACGUGAACCGCAUAAACUCCACCGCGAGCAAGAUCUACGCUACCAGAACUGUCUUAUUCCUGAGAGACGACUCCACUCUGAAGCCACUGGCGAUCGAGCUCAGCUUGCCGCACCCCGACGGAGAACAGCAUGGUGCGGUCAGCGAGGUGUACAUGCCAGAAGAAGCCGGUGUUGAGGGGUCCAUUUGGGAGUUGGCCAAAGCCUAUGUCGUCGUCAAUGACUCCGGCGUUCACCAGCUUAUCAGCCAUUGGCUAAACACCCAUGCGACGAUGGAGCCCUUCGUCAUCGCGACGAAUCGGCACCUGAGUGUCCUCCACCCCAUCCACAAGCUUCUCACUCCCCAUUACCGCGACACCAUGAACAUCAACGCUCUGGCUCGGCAGAUACUCAUCAACGCCGGUGGCAUCCUUGAGGCCACAGUCUUCCCGGCGAAGUACGCGAUGGAGAUGUCGGCCGUGGUCUACAAGAACUGGAAUUUCGUCGAACAAGCCCUCCCGGCUGAUCUCAUCAAGAGGGGAGUCGCCGUCAAGGAUUCGAACAAUGAACUCCGCCUACUGAUCAAGGACUAUCCUUACGCCGUCGACGGCCUAGCGAUAUGGCGCACGAUCGAGACGUGGGUCACCGAGUACUGCGCCAUUUACUACCCCAACGACGCCGUGCUCCAAGCCGACGUCGAGCUGCAGGCAUGGUGGAAGGAGGUCCGGGAGGUCGGCCACGGCGACAAGAAGGACGAGGCCUGGUGGCCGCAGAUGCAGACGGUCUCCGAGCUAACCCAGGCAUGCACCACCAUCAUAUGGGUGGCCUCGGCCCUCCACGCCGCCCUCAACUUCGGGCAGUACCCCUACGCAGGCUACCUCCCCAACAGGCCCACCAUCAGCAGACGCUUCAUGCCGGCGCCAGGCACGCCGGAGUACGAGGAGCUGAAGGCCCACCCUGACAAGGCGUUCUUGAUGACUAUCACCAGCCAGCUGCAGACCAUUCUCGGGGUGUCACUGAUCGAGAUCCUGUCGAUGCACUCGUCCGACGAGGUGUACCUCGGUCAGCGGGACACGCCGGAGUGGACGACGGACCAGAGGGCGCUCGUGGCCUUCAACAGGUUCGGGUCGACACUGAAACGCAUCGAGGACGAGAUCAUCGGGAGGAACGGGGACGAGAGCUUGAAGAACCGGAAUGGUGCAGCGCAGGUGCCUUAUACGUUGCUCUUCCCCACCAGCGAGCGUGGGCUUACCGGAAAGGGAAUUCCAAAUAGCGUGUCCAUUUGAGGAGGGAAGCGUGUCAACCCUGCUACGCCCUCUCUCUCUCUCUCUCUCUCUCUCUCUCUCUCUCUGUGUGCUGUACUAAAUACGCUCUCUUUGUGCUGUACUAAAUACGCUCUAAUUAUUAGAAGCAAAGAGAUGGAAUAUGCGUGUCCACUGGUCCUCUUCAAUAGUAGCAUCGCAUGCAACAGGGAUCAAAUGGCUUCCUGUUUUCC